AAACACAUUUUAUUUAAAAGAGUUUUGAAUGAAAAGUAUCUUAAAAAGGAGAUAACAUUGCUAUUUAAAGUCUCUAAACAGCAACAGUAUUGGCCAUAAUUUAUGCAACUAUGGAGAAAGCAUUCACCUCUUUUCUCUUAACAUCUUUGUUGCUUCACUAUGUUAUGGCCAGUUCAGCGAUGACCAAAACCAACGUAACUACUGAUCAAUUGGCUCUUUUUUCUCUGAAAUCCCAAAUCGCUUCAGACCCCUUUCAUUUCUUGGAAGAAAGUUGGUCUUUCGCUACGUCCAUUUGCCAUUUGGUUGGAGUCACUUGUGGCUCUCGUCACAAACGUGGGAAUUCCUUGAAUCUUUCUAACAUGGCUCUUACGGGCAAGAUUCCCUGUGAUCUUGGAAACCUCACAUUUCUUGUUUCUCUCGACUUGGGAAGCAACAAUUUCCAUGGAAAUUUGCCUCAAGAAAUGACACACUUGCGUCGGCUUAAGUUUCUUGAUUUAAGUUUUAAUAGCUUCAGAGGGGAGAUUCCUUCUUGGUUUGGGUUUUUAUACCAACUUCAAGUUCUAAAUAUAGGAAAUAAUAGUUUCACUGGUCCCAUUCCUUCUUCAUUUUCUAAUAUUUCCAAACUUGAGAUUUUGAAUAUGAAAUACAAUUCCAUAGAGGGCCAAACACCUAAAGUGAUUGGAAGUCUCCUAAACCUUAGAGAAUUAAACUUAAGGGGUAACAAGCUCAUAGGUUCUAUUCCUCUGUCACUCUCAAAUGCCUCAAGGUUUGAGACUUUGGAGAUAUCUCAUAAUUCACUUCAAGGAAACAUUCCAGAAGGGAUCGGCAAUCUUCACAACAUGAAAGUGCUAUCCGUACAAUAAAAUCAACUUACGGGUUCUAUACCAUUCACAGUUUUCAAUAUUUCUAGAAUUGAAAAUAUAGCAUUUACAAUGAAUAGCUUAUCAGGAAGUCUUCCCAAUGGUUUAUGCAAUGGUCUCCCAAUACUCAAAGGGCUUUAUCUAUCCGGAAACAAGCUUCAUGGUCAUAUACCUACAAGCUUGUCAAAUUGUUCACAGCUUCAACUAUUGUCUUCAUCAGAAAAUGAUUUAACAGGUGAAAUACCAAAACAGAUAAGCAAUCUCGUUGAGUUGGAGGUACUUAUUCUUGGGUAUAAUAGUUUUAGUGGUCGACUUAAUAUGGAGAUCUUCAACAUAUCAGGGCUGAGAAUAAUUGAUCUUACAUUCAACAAUCUAUCAGGAAGCCUCCCACAAAACAUAGGUUCUAUAUUACCCAACAUUGAAGUGCUUUAUUUGGGCAACUUAACCAAUCUUGUAGGGACUAUUCCUCAUUCCAUCUACAAUUGUUCAAAAUUUACUAUUCUAGAGCUUUCAUACAGCCAACUCACAGGCUUGAUUCCCAACUCACUUGGAUAUUUGACUCAUCUACAGUAUCGAAAUUUAGGGGGAAACAAUUUAACCAGUGACUCAUCAUUAAGCUUCCUGACUUCCUUAUCCAAUAACAGAAAUUUAACAAUUCUUUAUCUAUAUUCCAACCCUCUAAAUGGCAUGCUUCCAGCCUCCACAGGGAACCUUUCCACCUCUCUUAGAAAAUUUUAUGCCAACAAUUGCAAAAUCAAAGGGCGCAUUCCAAAUGAAGUUUUGAACUUAAGCAGCUUGUUAGACCUUAGAUUUCUGGAAAUAACUUGGUCGGAUCGAUUCCAACAUCAAUUGGCAAAUUGAGAGACAUUCAGCGGUUCAACUUGAGUAGCAACAAAUUUACAGGAUUUAUUGGAUAUCAUAUAUGUAAAUUGAAUUAUUUGGGUGCUAUUUACUUGGGUCAAAAUCAACUUUCAGGACCUCUUCCAAAUUGUUUAGGGAACGUUACUUCCCUUAGGGAGAUACAUCUGGGUUACAAUAAAUUGAGUUCCAAUAUACCACCAUGCAUAGGGAACCUUCAAGAUCUUGUGGUUCUUGACUUAUCGUCAAACAACAUGGUAGGUACUUUACCUCCAGAAAUUGGAAAUCUAAAGGCUGCAACUCUAAUAGAUCUGUCAAUGAAUCAAUUCUCAAAUGGAAUUCCUAGAGAAAUUGUAGGAUUACAAACUCUGGUGCACCUUUCUUUGAGACACAACAAGUUGCAAGGAUCUAUACCUGACUCAAUGAGCAACAUGGUAGGUUUGGAAUUCCUAGACCUUUCUGGUAAUAAUAUAUCGGGAACUAUUCCCAUGUCUUUGGAGAAACUCCAGAACCUAAAGUAUUUCAAUGUUUCUGUCAACAAGUUGUACGGUGAAAUACCCUAAGGGGGUCCUUACAAGAACCUCUCGAGUGAGUUUUUCAUCGACAAUGAAGCAUUGUGUGGUUCUUCAAGAUUUAAUGUCCCACCAUGCCCCACUUCAUCAAAGCACAGAUCAAAUAGGAAAAAGUUGCUACUUUCAUUUCUUUUGCUGGGAAUCACAUUUUUAUUUGGUCCUACCACCGUUGUGUUUGUAUGGAUAAGGUAUCGAAGAGGUAAUAGAGCCCCUCAGCAAGCAGAUUCAUUUUUAUCCAUAACACGAGAAGGAAUUUCAUACAAUGAACUGCUCCAAGCAACUGAUGCUCUUAGCGAGAGUAAUCUGAUUGGUUCUGGAGGUUUUGGCUCAGUCUACAAAGGCAUUCUCAGAAGUGGAACUGCCAUUGCUGUUAAAGUGUUCAAUUUGCAACUGGAUGCAGCAUUCAGGAGUUUUGAUACAGAAUGCGAUGUUUUGCGCAGCCUUCGCCAUAGGAAUCUAGUAAAAGUCAUUACUAGUUAUUCCAACAUUGAUUUUAAGGCUUUAGUGCUUGACUAUAUGCCUAAUGGGAGUCUUGAGAAGUAUUUGUAUUCACACAACUACUUCCUCAACAUCAAGCAGAGACUAAGCAUAAUGAUAGAUGUGGCAUGUGCUUUGGAAUAUCAUCACCAUGGGUGCUCAUUGCCAGUCAUUCACUGUGAUGUGAAGCCUAGUAACGUCUUGCUGGAUGAGGAUAUGGUUGCCCGCCUAAGCGACUUUGGCAUCUCGAAACUUCUUGGUGAAUAUGAGAGUGAUUUAUACACAAAAACCUUAGCAACACUGGGUUAUAUUGCGCCAGGUAUGUCGCUUAAUUUUUCUCUGAAACAGUUAUUUUCCCAUUCUUUUUAUUUUCCACCAAGAAUCAUGUUACAUCUUUAAAUUAAUUGUUUGAUUGUAGAGUAUGGGCAAGAUGGGUUAGUGUCUACUAAAUGCGAUGUCUAUAGUUAUGGGAUGAUGUUGCUGGAAACGUUUACCCGGAGAAAGCCUAAUGAUUUUGAGGGAGAUCUUAGCUUGAAGCAAUGGGUGAGUCAUUCACUCCCAGAGGCAAUAAUGGACGUUCUAGAUGCCAACUUGAUAGCACCAACGAAUAAUUGCUUACAGAAGGAGCUAGAUGUUGUGGCAUCCAUCAUGGAAGUGGCAUUAGAUUGUGUACUGAAUCUCCGGAAGAAAGGACAAACAUGAAAGAUGUUGUUGGGAUGCUACAGAAGAUCAUGAUUCAACUUCUUGCAUGUUGAGCAUGUUGUUGGAAUCUUUUGUCCAAAUCACUUGUUUGUUGCAAAUGUUUGCUAAAUUGUUGGAUUCAUGUAUAGAUUGCUUGUUUUUUUAGCAUUUGAUUUGUGCAUGAUCUUCAAUAAAUCUCACUAUUCCCUUUUAACUAAAUCCUGGGUACCUUAAAUAAGUGGGCCAAUACUAUCCAAACAAUGUCCUUCCUUCAUCAAGUUUUCGAAGUUGUAAAGUUCGAAUAUUGGAAUUCACAUCUUAUGGAAGUUAGGAUACGUUCAUAUCUGCACUAACACAAUGGAUGCCAACAGAAUUCUAAAGCUAAGCCUGCCAAAGUGGAAAUUUUCAAAGAGGAGUAAGGCCGAGAUUUAUUUGAAAGGGAAAGACAGAUAGUUGCUGGUAAACGGCAUUUCAACUUGACAAAUUGACUUACCUGCAUAUGGAUCAUGUCUGAUCAGGCACAGCUAUUUUAAGUUUUAGAUAUGGUUAAGGUGGAUUGGCAUAUUGUAUUUUCGAUUUCUCAGAAACAAGCAAGUUGCAAAGAAUCCUAUAGAUUUCGAGCAGUAUCAAGGUGAUACUCAGGAGAAAAGGAUACAAACA